AUGAUGCAUGCUCGUAUCCAUACAGGCGAAAGGCCCCAUAAAUGUGAAAUAUGCGGCAAAUCUUUCCGUCUACUAUUUUACUUAACACAGCAUACACGAAUCCAUACACUUGAAAAGCCAUAUAAAUGUGAAAUCUGCGACAAAUCAUUUACUCAAGCCAUUACUUUAAAAAGGCAUAUUCGUAUCCAUACAGGCGAAAGACCGUUUUCAUGUAAAGUCUGUAAAAAAUCUUUCACUCAAAACUGUAAUUUAAUAUUUCAUACUCGUAUCCAUACAGGCGAGAGGCCCUAUGAAUGUGAAAUAUGUGGCAGAUCUUUUACUCAUAGCUCUACUUUAAAAUCGCAUACUUAUACCCACACAGGUGAAAAGCCACACAAAUGUCAAAUCUGCGGCAAAUCUUUUUCUCAAACUCAUACCCUGAAAGUACAUACUUUUAUCCAUACAGGCGAAAAACCUUAUUCAUGUGAUAUCUGCAACAAAUCGUUUCAGCGAGCAUAUCAAUUAAAAACGCAUAAUCAAGUUCAUACAGGGGAGAAGUUAUAUAAAUGUAGAAUUUGUGGAAAAUCAUUUUCUCAUACAGGGACCCUAGUAAAGCAUACUCGCAUACAUACAGGUGAAAAGCCUUACAAAUGUGAUAUUUGCAACAGAUCUUUCAAUCAAAUAUCUUAUUUAAGAGCCCAUAUAGCAAUCCAUACACUUGAAAAGCAAUAUAAAUGUGAAAUCUGUGACAGAUCUUUUUCUCAAUCAUAUUAUUUAUCGACACACACUCGUAUUCAUACAGGCGAAAAGCCGUACAAAUGUAAAAUCUGCGACAAAUCCUUUGCUUAUAGUUCUAAUCUAAGAAAACAUACUUUGGUCCAUGACAAAAUCAACCAAUGCUUUAAAUGCGACUAUUGCGGCAAGUCUUUUACUGAUAAAAACAAGAUUAUAAGGCACCUACAUACUCACAUAGAAAAAUCAUGUGAUCGCAAAAUCUGUGGUGAAUCUCUUUUUGACAAAUGUAAUCUGAAAUCUCAUAGUCUAGUUCAUAACAGCGAUCGACUCUAUAGAUGCCACGAAUGCGGUAAAUUUUUUACUGAAAAACAUAAUCUCAUACAUCAUACGCGGACACAUACUAGCGGAAGUAUAAUUUAACAAUCUUUUGGAUGGUUAAUGUUAAAUUUUUCAAAAAUUUCAUCUUUUUGA